AUGGUACUCACAGAAGGUUCUUAUGCGUGCAUGAUGGAUGAAGCGGGGCGUCUGCCCGUCUUCAUCUUCCCCUCGGAGGCGGAGUUUGUUAUUGGCCCCAGCUCGUCCGGCGACCCGAAUCGAAACCGGAAAAUCUUCGGGCUGUACAACCCGUUCGAUUAUCCAAUCACUUAUAAAGUCCUCGCCACCGCCCCCGACAACUACGAGGUCGAAGAAAAUGCGGGGACGAUCAGGAGCAAGGCGAAAAAGGAUAUAAUCGUCCGCUGCCGACGACGACUGGAAGCUGGCACCGUAGAAAAAUUGCGCUUCGAGACCCGGAAACUAGGAGAGAAGGAGCUACUCGGCCAACGCGACAUUGCGUUGCGUACGGUGUGGGUGGCCAGCGGAGCUUCAAGCGAGUCUCCAAGCGAUCCGCGAACCUCGGAUCGAACGUCCCGAGAACAGCGGCCAAGGGAGCCGGUCGUACGCGUGGAACCACAGGCCCAAGAGCCCGGCGCCGAGCUGGAGAAGGCACUGGCGGCUAACAGUCGGGCUCGUCGGUUCGCCCAGGAUGAAGCAUGUGAACGUCGGGCUUUCUUCUGCUACACGUACACCUGGAUGGCCGCCAAGGGUUUGCCUUUUGAUCCACCAACGACUCUUGAGACAAAGUGUCCACCAUGCAAAUCUGAGCUCUGCGUCGACCCCCCUUCCUUCACUCCAGGCAAGUUCCGGGCCUUGAUCGAAUGUGAUCCCGCCAAUUACUUUUGUGAGAAUUUUGCCACCGAGGGUGUCGCCGCACAGCCAAUCUGCAUCAAGCCUCUCGCCUUUGCAGGUGAAAUGACCGGCGGAGUGGAGAAGAAACACUUGCUGCUGGCGUUUAACAUCUGCACAAGGGAAAUGUUGGCCAAGGAAACGUGUCCCGUUGACCUGCUGAGUCGCGCACCCUUUAACCCAAAGUCUGUCGAAAUCAACCCAGCGUUUUACGUCCAAUGCGACGCCGGAUUUCUGGUGCCAAGGGCCGUUCGCCGGGCGCACGAGACUUCCGCCGAUCCGAAGCCCGUCCUGACCUGCGUGCCAAGCCUUCAAGUAGCCACCGGCCUAUCACCCACCGAUGCUUCCCGGUUCCCAAAGGAGUGGCACGACAUCCGCGACGUGACAAAAAUCACGUACUGUCCGGCCGGCUCCACAGAUGUCGAGGCCGAUUGCGUGCCGCAGCCGAUUUGCGGCGAGGGCAGCGUUCCAGCCGAGCUCAAGGCGAUGAGUGAUGCUGUUCCGGUGGAAUGCGUCGAGGCUUGUGCCUACAAAUACCAGGGGUCGCGGGACGACUACGCUAAUUGCCAACUGCUCGACGUCGUCGACCGCCAGGAUGAGAAGGACAUCAAGGUUUACGUGCUCUACCGGCAGAUGUCGGGCCCCUACACCGUACUGAUGUCGCCUGAGGAAACCCUGAAAUAUGGUCGGGUAGGGCCGAGCGCCGCGACAGAUUCAGCUGAAACCGACACCACCAAGCCACUGUUCCGCCUCCACCGUGAAGUCGACCCUGCCAACGUCGACUACAAAUUCCCGAGAUGCGUCGAAUCAAAGGAUCUGAAGGAGGAUCAGGCGGCGCUCGUGAAGAACGACUACUUCUUGGACUGUGAUACGAAUCCGUUGGUCGCCCACCACCCGAAGGACAUCAGCCUUCGCGCGAUUCCACGCCAGUGCGCCGACGUCGACUCGGAAAUGGAAUUCUGCACCGUCCCGGCCGUCACGCUCCCGCCAACUGCCCAGGAUGGGGAGGAUGGCUCGAAAGACUUGAAGUGGUAUCUGAUUGGUGGCGGAGUGGGGUCGUUUGUUCUCAUCGUCGUUGGCUUCUAUGUGUACCACUGCACGCGGCCCCGUCCUGUCGAGAAGAUAAUAUUCGCAAAGGACCCUCGCUACCCGCAGAGGACCUCCGAGAAGGAUAGCAGCGCCGACGCCGAGGCCGCCUCACCAGCUUCCACCAGCGAAUCCAAGAAG